CCGUCAGUUGGUCAUUCUGCAUGACAACACUCCACUCUUAUUCAGGGACGUGAGCGAACAUGACGAUUCAAGAUUGAAAGUUGCCGAAGGAUGUCGGCGCGCUUCGGCAACGCAGGAUUUGUGAUCUCGAAAACCUCGGGAUUUACACUUAUCUCCUCGUUUUCAGUGUUGAGGAAAUCGCAGGGCCAUGUUUUUUUGGUGUAUACUGUGGGGACUAAACCAACAUGUGAGGCUGGUAGGACUAAAUCGCUACGUUAAAUAACAUCGCAGUUCCUGAUUCCAUUGCGAUGUCUAACCUGAAGUUUCAACACCAACACCUGGCAGACAAUACAACCACAAGUAAACCAACCGAGUCUACCCAUUUAUAUUCUUUGCGACUCUCCACCCCAAAAAUCCCGAAAUGGCUGCACCACCUGUUCCCGUCUCUCUUCAGAAGAGCCUCGACGCAACCAAGGUCGAAUACGUCAACCUCGGAGCCUCCGGUCUCAAGAUUUCUGUCCCCAUUCUGGGAGGCAUGUCCCUUGGAUCGAGCGAAUGGAUGGACUGGGUGCUCGACGAGGAGGAGUCUUGCGAGAUUCUCAAGGCUGCCUACGACCGUGGCAUCAACACGUGGGACACCGCCAACAUGUACUCCAACGGCGUCAGCGAGGUAGUCAUCGGCAAGGCCAUCAAAAAGUUCAAUAUCCCCCGCGAGAAACUGGUCCUCAUGACCAAGUGCGCCAUGCACGUCGGCGAGGAGACGAGCAUGUUCGCCCCCAUGCACGCCCAGCAGCUGGCGCAGAGCAAGGACUACGUCAACCAGGGCGGGCUCUCCCGCAAGACGAUUUACAAGGCCGUCGACGACGCCCUGGCCCGCCUGGGGACGACCUACAUCGAUCUCUUCCAGAUCCACCGCUUCGACCCGACCACGCCCGUCGAGGAGACCAUGAAGGCCCUCCACGAUCUCGUCCAGGCCGGCAAGAUCCUCUACAUCGGCGCCAGCUCCAUGUGGGCGACUCAGUUCGCGCAGAUGCAGUUCGCCGCCGAGAAGAACGGCUGGACAAAGUUCGUCAGCAUGCAGAACUUCUACAAUCUGGUCUACCGCGAGGAGGAGCGCGAGAUGAACCGCUUCUGCAGGGACACGGGCGUCGGGCUCAUCCACUGGUCCCCGCUCUUUGGCGGAGCGCUGGCGAGGCCGGUGGAGGCCAAGAAGACCAGCGUACGCUCCCAGGCGGGGGGUAUGAUGAGCCCCGCUCUCACCGAGGUCGACGAGAACAUCAUCCGCAGGGUCGAGGAGUUGGCCCAGAAGAAAGAUUGGAGCAUGAGCCACGUUGCGCUCGCCUGGAUCAGGUCCAAGGGCGGGGUUCCGAUCACGGGGUUCAACUCCAUCAAGAGGAUUGAUGAGGCUGGGGAGUUGCGCGGCAAGACUUUGUCAGAAGAUGAAGUGAAGUACCUCGAGGAGCCGUACGUCCCCAAGAAUAUUGUCGGACACUGCUGAGGUUGUUGUAUCGUAUCUACACAGACUAUGCAGUGGCUUCAUCUCUCGCCAUAUUUUGUCUAUUGCAAGUCAAAAUGAUGGAAGGAGCUAGAGAAAUACUGCAUCUUUUCAGAUUUCCUGGUUCUCGAUCCUUUCAAACUGUCAUUAUUUUCCAAUCUUAAUCUCUGUUUUAUUGCGACACUUGUGUUA